GCAACCUCUACACUAUUGUAUCAUCAUAGCAUGAAUAACAUUUAAAUAUAUUCUUUUCUCGUUGCAGAUUACAUAGCUAGCAUUAAGAGAACAAGGAUGUAGCAAUAUAUACAAGAGCAAACUGAAUACUGAACUUAAAAACUGUAUUUAUAAUUCACAGAAUUAUUUCAAGAUGGCUACCAGCGAUUUACAGUUUGUGGAAAUUGUUGAUGAGAACUUGGAGUGUACUAUCUGCUUUAAGAGAUUUAAAAAUCCUAAAUCCCUUACCUGCCUCCAUACUUUUUGUUUGGCGUGCCUGGAAGACUGGGUUAAGGAGAAGGGUAAGCUGACCUGCCCAACUUGCUCAAAAUCAUAUCCUAUUCCAGAGGGCGGGCUUCAGAAGCUCCCACCAAAUACCAUUCUAAAUAACUUAUUAGAAACAAUUGAGCACUUUUCGAAAACAGAUCAGAUAAAAUGUGUUUGUGGAAAAGGAUAUGCAAAAUACUACUGUGAAGAUUGCAAACAACAUUUGUGUUCUAUUUGUGGUGACCAUCAUAAAGACUUUAGACUCUUUGCAAAACACAAGCUAAUUUCAUUGGAGGAUAUGUCAUCAAUGAGCCACUUACAAAAAGCAUCACUACAUCCUCCAAUGUGUUUGCUUCACGAAAAACCAUUGGAAUUCUAUUGCAAAGACUGUAAAAUUUCAAUCUGUAUGCAAUGUAAAACUUCGAACCACAAUGCCUGGGAAGGGAAACACAAAACAAUCAAUGUUUCAGAAGCAUUAAAACAAUUUCAAGAAACUUUGGCACCAUUGGAGAAAGCUGCCUAUAACAUCAAAGACAAAUUAAAAGAUGGUCUGGAAACAGUCAUUGAGAAUUCUACAAAAUUAGAACAAAGCAAAGACAAAUGUUUGAGAGAUAUAGACAAUCAGGUAGAAGAAAUGGUAAAGACAAUCAAGGGGAAUGGAGACAAAAUGAAAAAUGAAGUGAAGACAAUUUACCAAAAGAAAAAUAAAGUAAACAAUGCCCAAAAAGAUGAACUGAAAACAAUGAUUUUUGACAUUGACACAAAACUAAAUUUUCUCAAUCAGUUAAUGAAAAGUAAAGAACCUUUAGUAAUAGAAUCAAGUCAAAAGGAGAUUACAGCACUGAAGGAAAAAAUCAGUGAAUUUCCAAAAACAAGUCCAACUGAUAAGAGACUCAUUAAAUUCUACAUUAACAAACAACAAAUUUCAACAUUGCAACAAAGUGAUAUUGGAUAUGUAGCACAAUCAGGGGCAGCAGACUGUCUAACAUUAAAGGGCCAGAAAUCUGUGACCAAAGGGCAGAUAAUAUUUGUCAAAAUAAUUAAAACAGACGAAUGUGAAAUACAUGCAGAUCAACUGAAGGCAACAUGGACACAGCCUACAGGAGAUGCCUACAUCGCACAAGUUCAAGAAGAUGACAAUGGAGGUUAUUUUAUGACAGGAAAAUGCAAAAGUCCAGGUGUUUGUAAAAUAGAUGUGAGUGCUUAUGGCGAACCAAUCAAGCAGUCACCAUUGAUAAUUCAAGUAGAGAAGAAAGGAUUAGUAAAUACCAUUAAAUUAGACCAAAAAAAUGUUAGAGAUGUCAGAGAUGUAGUUAAGUGUGAAGAUGAUUGCUUGCUAGUUUCAUGCUGGACCAAUGAAAUAUUAAAAUACAAGCAAUCAGGAGAAUAUAUUGGUAAGGUUACAUUACCACAAGGUAUACGAGUUGAUAGAAUGUACAAAAUGUUUAAUGGUAACAUAGUAUUCAUUGAUGGUAUUAAAUGCAUCAAAGUAUGCAAUAUGAAUGGACAGCUGAUAAAAUCAAUUGGUCAGGGAAUAUUUAAGAAUCCAUCUGGUAUCCAUGUGGAUGAGGCAUCAAAUGUUGUGUAUGUAGGAGAUUGGAAUAUUGGCUGUGUGUUCUUGUUUGACAUUAAUAGUGGUCAUAUGGUAAAGAAGAUAGGGUCAAAGGGCAAUCGAGUCGGAGAAAUGAAUGCAGUUACUGAUGUUACUUUUACAAACCAAGGAAAUGUUAUUUUAGUGGAGUGUUUCAACAGUAGGAUACAACUUUUUGAUAAAGAGGGAAGGUUCAUGAAGGUGCUUGUCAAAUCAGGUGAAAAGAACGGUAAGGUGAGGAAUCCUUGUAGACUUGUAGUUGAUGAGGAUGACAACAUCAUUAUAUCAAGUGACCACAAACUACAGCUAUUCCAUAAAGACGGAACUUUCAUCAAAAGAAUAGAUAAACCAGAAGAUCAAAUCAAGUAUGUAUAUGGGAUAACAGUUAUUUCCUAUUAUCCACACAGAGUUGCAAUAACAAAUGAUUGUGACAAAACUGUACAAGUAUUCAAUUAUUAAAUAUUAUUAUAGUCUGCUGCCCUCAAGUAGGGGGCACGUUCCCCGUUUUGCCACUAAAUCUUAAAAAUUUCAAUGCAUAUCAAUGUCAUGUACUCUUACUUAACUAUCCUGAAACUGCUAUGCCCCCGCCCCAUUCUGGAUCCAACCCUGACCACCACCUCGACCCCCACCCCUCCAUAUCUCUGCAGCAUUUUCCCCAUAUGUAUACAUGAUAUCAAUAUAUUCUGUGUACCUAUAACAAUAACCAGCAAUGCUUGAGACACUUCAUAAAACACAGGUCAACACAGAAUUUAAAACAAAAAUAUUUGAUUGUUUAAUGUUGUAUAAUCUAUACACAGAAAAAUCUUCAGCUUGAUUUAACCAAAUUUUUUGUUGAAGAUCACUGUAUUAAAAUAUUAUUUUCUAGUCUUAGCACUUUAAAGUAAGGGCAAAUUGUUAGAUUAUUACAGCAUUCAUUUUGAAAAGCCCCAUUUCUUUUUAACUUGUAA